CGUCCAAAGAGGAAACGAAUUGCCAUUCUUUCUCUCGCCAAAGUUCUUCGCACGGAAGGAAAGAAAUCCUCGCUAUUCCUCGCUGCAAAUCUUCACGCUGAAAGGAAACGAAUUGCCAUUCAUCCCUGAUUCCUCGCUGCGUUGGAUUACGGAAGGAAAGAAAUCCCAGGCAUAUGGCCACAUCCUUGCAGAUUAGAUCAUUUUCUUGGUUAGAAUGCAAAAGAACUGAUUCAAGGCUAAUUCCUCGCUGCUUUGAUUUCGCUGUUGGACUGUCCCGCUUGGAGAUCGGCAGUGCAAUUGGUAUGUCGAGCAAGUAAGCUUCACACAACCCAAACAUCAUGGAGGUGUGUAUCACAGUAUCAAGAACAAGCCAUUUGUUCUCCAUCAAAUCAAGGGCUUCUCUCUAUGUUCUCUUGAUGAGGAUGUUGUUGGUAAAUUUAUCAAUUUUAUGGUCAUCAAGAACAUAAUUGAUUUUCACCCAACUCUAAAUGGGUAAGUUAGAAUUAGAGGAAUCAAGGGGGCAUCAAUUCAGGUAUUAAUGGUAUUAUUGCUAAUUUUUCCAUGGAUUUUGGUAGAUGAAAGCAUAAUAACAUUGACUUUAGUUCAUCUCUUCCUAGGAUGGUGAUUCUUGAGUUCUAUUUCUAGGUGUUUUGCUUAAAAUAGACACUUUAGUCAAACUAGGUAUAUUUCUGAUUUCAAUUUAAAAAGAAUGGUGCAAUGCCAUAAUUAUAAAUUGGCUCAUUUUUACCGUGCUAUAUCCAUGAUUUCAUGCAUUUAUAUUAGACCCUCAAUGCGUCUUUCAGGUAUACAUCUAUCAAGUUUUGAUGAAUUGCCUGAGAAGGGAAAUGGGAGCAGUGGAAGAUGACAACACUAGGAAGGUGUACCCAAACAUGACACUCAAGUAUCAAAUUGAGUUCUCAGCUUGAUAGGAUUGAUAUGGGUUUGUGCAAAUUUGGCCGAGUUAAAAGUAACCAAAGUGAUAAAGGAGUAACCUGUAGCUUUAAACCGUGAAUGUUUGCUAUUUUCUUCCACUUAUUCUUAUAAAAUACUUUGCAAUCCACUUAUGAACUUAUUGGUGAUUUCGACCAGGUAAAAAGUCUAUUCUGCUAUACUAUUGCUAUUUUCGAGGCUAUUCAAUUACUCUUCGUGUUUAUUCUAGCCAAGGACCAAAGUCGUAUGGUUGAAGGGUUAAAAAUAGCAGCUCGCGGAUGUUCGUCCAAGAAGUGCUUUGUAUGCUUCCUAGCUUGGGAAAUUAGAUGGCAGUGGUCUUUGAUGUAUUAGUUCGAGAAUAUGCAGAGCAUUGGUGGCUGCUUUGAAGUACAUGCAUCCAUGGAAAACCUUGAGUAGUACAGAAACCUAUCUGAUUGCCUUCAACCUCCCCAAUAUAUUCUUCACUCCCAUGAUUAUAAAGGUACUAUGUUCUUUUAGAUGAUUGCAGGAUCUUUAAUUAACAAUUUAUAUGAAUCCUUUAAUAUAAAAUUUAAGAGUUUGAUGUGUAGAAUGAUGACAUGUGGCACUUUAAGGGUUUUAUUUUAAUGACACGUCAGUUUACACGCGUCUCAUUCUUAUGUUUUCUACAGUUGAAGGCUUUUCUGAUUCCUUAUUCUUUGCAUAUCCAUUCGUAAAUCUCCAUCGCAUCCUUCAUCCCUGAUUCUUCUCCAAAAAUACACGUAUUUUUCACUUGAUUUCAUCACCGAAGGAAAGGAAUUCAUCAUGGACUCCAUCAUCGAAGGACGUUCUCUAAAUUUGCUUGAUUUCAGACUAGAUAAAUUUCCAAAAUUCACAUGUCAAUCUUAUUCGAUUAAAAAGUUUGUUUAUACAUGUUAUUGAUCGUAUUCCCAUUGUUUAAUCCCGGACGUAGAAGGUAAUUCAUUGCCCAUCAAAAGAAUAUGGAAGACCUUGCUCAUCAAUUAUUCAAGACAGGUAAGUUUUCGGUGAACGCAUCGCUUUAGCCUUUGAUUUCAAUCUGAUUCUUCAAAGCUGAUAGAUUCUUUGACUUCGAUUCUAAUUUAAUUUUUCGAAGCAUGUCGAUUAAUUUUAACCUUACAUGGCAGAAUUUUGAUGUUUGGUCGAUCCUAGAGCAUAAUUUAGCAUGUUUUUUAAGAUCCUGGAGUAUAAUCUACCCCUGAAAAUCAAUUGUAUGUUCUAAUAAUUAAGUAGAAUUCAAUCAAUCUACCCCUGCAUUUGAUGGUGAAUUAAAACUACAUAUCUUGAACGGGAAUUACCGCAUUCCAGAUUUACCAAAAUACAUCACCGCCGUUGUAGACCUUAUUCGGGAUAUGUUACAAUCUUCGCCAGAUGCCCGACCAGAUAUCACGCAAGCAAGCGCUUUGAUUGAUUGGACAUUCAUCUGCAUGAAUUUAGAAACCAACCAUUGCCUGAUAGAGCUCCCGAAAUGAUGCAACAAGUGGCUGAUUUGCACGAUGGUACUCCAAAAACAGCAACCACGACAAAUCCAGUACCUCGAAGAACUCCACCACCACCUCCCCCUUCUGCUGGAGAGACAAACCGUAAUUCACCAGUCUCAUAACCCUGGGAUACAUGGGGCCAAUGACCCUUUAGGUGCUUUUUGGAACACUGAACAUGCAAAGAAUGUAGUCCCAGAUGACAAAACUAGACCUAGGUAUGAUGAAGAAUUGAGUAGCUAUAAUAGAAGAAGUUCUUCAAGGGCAGUCAACCCGGAUGUAUCGCCGAUGCCGGUCAACUCACGGUUUCGUCUUCCAUCUUCGCAAAGGAAAGUCUGCAAAUUAGGUUUGUUUUGAAUUUCUUUUUUUUGUAUUUAUGUAUAGUCGAGCAAAAUCCGGUUUUGAGAUUAUGAUUAGUUCUAGGCUCGAAUUGAAGAACCUUGGAUCUGGAUUAUCGCCAACAGUUUUUCGGCCAGUGUAGCUUUGAACGAAGGUGGAUGAGCGGCAAUGGCCAAGGUCGGACGGAGCUGCUCCAUGUUUUUUCCCUUCAAUUUAGGUUUGUAAUCAAUCCAAGAUUAACGUAUUUAUUGUUUUAUUUUGUAACUUUGUAUGCAUAUAUAUGUAAAAAUCUGUGAUAGAUAUUGAUGUAAAGUAUUUGCUUUAUGAUGUCAAAGAUACACUCAAAGCUUAAGGGAACUUAUAUUUUGUAAUGAGAUGAUCUUAUGUAUUUGUUGUUUGAACUUUUUGUUUCUUUUUGAGUUUAUUCAGUGUUAUAGUUCUAAUAGAAAAAUUGAUUGCUCAUAUGACAAGUAGAUUAUUGCACAGGUGGAAGUUUCAUUUUCAGAACUACCCGGAGUAGAAUUCUUUUGCUUCCAAUCAAUCCUCUCACCUUCUUUGCCGUUACGAUGAUGAUGAUGACCAUUCCCUCUCUGUAGCCGUUUCUUUUCCUAGGUUUAUCGACAUGCUUCAGUCGUUCUGCAUUUUCAUUUACUCAGUUUUCUGGCCAGACAGUCGAGUAAGUUUCUUGCUGGCGUCCCGGGUAAGCUUCUCAAUUAGGUCAUGUGUGUACUUCUACUUCUCUCAUCAUCGCAGGUAAAACUCCAGUCACUCUCUGCCGCCAGUUGUGAUUGUUAUCUUCUUCUUCUUCUUUUGAAAUCAAAUUUCUAUUAAUGAAGUUCUUCAAUUUUGUAAAUGUUAUUUUUUCCAGAGUUUGUACAGAUUUUUUUUAAAAGCAAUAAUUUGAUUCAUUGUUUGUUGUUCUUUGGGUUUGUUUUUUUAGGAUUUUUUCUUGAAGUUAAAAAUACCAUAUACUUGCAUUCGUAUGCAACAUUUGUGUUGCCUUCCUUCCCGAAUGACGAAUUGACGAGGCACACCAAGUGUUCGGAAAAAUGCCCCAAUGAACUUCACACAAGUUGUUGCUAUUUCUUCCUCUCAAGACACUUCUUUGGUUCACUUAGAGUUGUAUCGUAUGGUAAGUCUUUUGUGGUUUAUAAAGCUUCAAAUAUGGU